AUGACUGGUCUUAUGCAUAGCUCAUCGAUUCAGCACUUGGGCUCUACGAUAAUGGUCGAGAGGAAAUUUCACUGCUUAAUGUGCCCACCUCUUAAGGUGGCCAAAAAGAUGACGAUCCGUGCACGAGAUGCCGGGUCUUCUUCUAGAGUGGUCAUCUACGUUGUACUAACCGAAGAUGAUAUCAUUCCAAUUGAAAUAUAUUCCAAUGGAGUCUAA